AUGGCCGACUCGCUACAUCCAGACUCGGCCGCCGGCAAGGGGGCCAACCCGAAUAGGGCAAGAUGGGCCACGCGUCGCAAGAGUGCAAGGAGUGGUAACUCGAAGCGACACUCCCUCCUCGAUCGUAUGCAGCAGAAGAAGAACGCCUGCGCCGAUGAGAAGGGCGACGAAGGCGGCGACGACCGUCCUCCAGGUCCCGCCGCACCCCGGCCAGAGGAUGAUGGCGCAGAAUCCGACGGCGAUGCCUCAGACGACGAUGACGAGCACAACAGCCGCACCCUCUACUUCAACAUACCCUUGCCUCCGGACAUGCUCGACGAGAGCGGCGCUCCCAAGAAGUCGUACGCCCGCAACAAGAUUCGCACGGCAAAGUACACGGCCGUCUCCUUCGUUCCCAAGAACCUGUGGUUCCAGUUCCACAAUAUCGCCAACAUCUUUUUCCUCUUCCUAGUCAUCCUCGUGUUCUUCCCCAUCUUUGGUGGUGAUAACCCCACCCUGAACAUGGUACCUCUCAUCUUCAUCGUCGCCGUCACCGCCAUCAAAGACGCCAUCGAAGAUUCGCGCAGGACCGUGCUGGAUAUCGAACUCAACAAUGCCUCCGUCCACCGCCUCCACAAGUGGACCAACGUCAACAUUGCCGACGACCAAAUCUCGCUCUGGCGAAAGUUCAAGAAGCUCAACACAAGGUUCCUGGCCUGGCUGUGGCGCUCCCUCCAGGCCCUAUGGUCCAAGAAGGCCAGGGAGGAGAAGGCCCGCCGCAAGGAGGCCGCUCUCGAAGCUCUCAGCGAAGAGGGACGCCCCUCGGUCGAGACUGUCCGUCACGGCAAGAGCCCCAACGCCUCGCCAUUCACCAACGCCGGCUCCUUCGUCUCGGCCGCCGAAGAUAUCCAGAUGACACCCGUCCACUCGCCCUCGUCCCAGCAUAUCCGUAUCGAGCUGCCCGAUGACGAAGACGAACGCCGUGCCGCCGCCCUCCAUGAGAUGAAGAACGACGUCAUCAACUACCGCCGAGCUCCCGAGGGUGCCCUCUUCAAGAAGGACACCUGGAAGAACCUCCGCGUCGGUGAUUUUGUGCGUAUCUACAGCGACGAUGAGAUCCCCGCCGACAUCAUCAUCCUCUCCACCUCGGACCCCGACGGUGCCUGCUACGUCGAGACCAAGAACCUGGAUGGCGAGACCAACCUCAAGGUUCGCCAGGCCCUGCGCUGCGGUCGCCCCCUGAAGCACGCCCGCGACUGCGAGAGGGCCGAGUUCACCAUCGAGAGCGAGCCGCCCCAGCCCAACCUCUACAAGUACAACGGUGCCAUUCGCUGGCGCCAGGAGAUCCCCGGCCACGCGGCCGACGACCCCAUCGACAUGACGGAGCCCAUCUCCAUCGACAACCUCCUGCUCCGCGGCUGCAAUCUGCGCAACACCGAAUGGAUCCUCGGUGUCGUCGUCUUUACCGGCCACGACACCAAGAUCAUGCAGAACGCCGGUGCCACGCCUAGCAAGCGCGCCCGCAUCGCCCGCGAGAUGAACUUCAACGUCAUCUGCAACUUCGGCAUCCUCUUCGCCAUGUGCCUGGUCUCGGCUCUGGUCAACGGCGCCGCCUGGGCCGAGGAUGGCGCCUCGCUCUCCUUCUUCGAAGGUGACCCUAUCGGUGGCAGCGCCGCUCUCAGCGGCUUCAUCACCUUCUUCGCCGCCCUCAUCGUCUUCCAGAACUUGAUCCCCAUCUCGCUCUACAUCACCCUCGAGGUCGUCCGCACCCUGCAGGCCAUCUUCAUCUACAGCGACGUCGAGAUGUACUACGAGCCUAUCGACCAGCCUUGCAUCCCCAAGUCCUGGAACAUCUCCGACGACGUCGGUCAGAUCGAGUACAUCUUCUCGGACAAGACGGGCACCCUCACCCAGAACGUCAUGGAGUUCAAGAAGGCCACCAUCAACGGUCAACCCUACGGCGAAGCCUACACCGAGGCUCAGGCCGGUAUGCGUAAGCGCGAGGGCAUCGACGUGGUGGCUGAGGCCCAGAGGGUUCGUGCCGAGAUCGCCGAGGCCAAGGUCCGCGCCCUCGCAGGUCUCCGCAGGAUCAACGACAACCCCUACCUCCACGACGAGGACGUCACCUUCAUCGCUCCCGACUUCGUCUCCGACCUGGCCGGCGAGGCCGGUGCCGAGCAGCAGGCCGCCAACGAGGCCUUCAUGCUCGCCCUCGCCCUCUGCCACACCGUCGUCCCCGAGAGGACGCUCGACGACCCGCCCAAGAUGAAGUUCAAGGCCCAGUCUCCCGACGAGGAGGCCCUGGUGGCGACGGCCCGAGACAUGGGCUUCGUCGUCCUCGGCUACUCGAACGACGGCAUCAACCUCAACGUCCUCGGCGAGGACCGCCACUACGGCAUCCUCAACACCAUCGAGUUCAACUCGAGCCGCAAGCGCAUGAGCUCCAUCAUCCGCAUGCCCGACGGCCGCAUCAAGCUCCUGUGCAAGGGUGCCGACUCCAUCAUCUACGGCCGUCUGCGCAAAGGCGAGCAGAAGGAGCUGCGCAGGGAGACCGCCGAGCACCUCGAGCUCUUCGCCAGGGAAGGUCUGCGCACUCUCUGCAUCGCCCAGAAGGACGUUUCCGAGGAGGAGUACCGCGCCUGGAAGAAGGAGCACGACGCCGCCGCCGCCGCCAUCGAUGACCGCGAGGAGAAGCUCGAGGCCGCCGCCGAGCUCAUCGAGCAGGACCUGUACCUCAUCGGAGGCACUGCCAUCGAGGAUCGCCUGCAGGACGGUGUGCCGGACACCAUCGCCCUCCUGGGUGACGCCGGUAUCAAGCUCUGGGUCCUCACUGGCGACAAGGUGGAGACGGCCAUCAACAUCGGAUUCUCGUGCAACCUGCUCGACAACUCCAUGGACCUGAUCCACAUCAAGAUUGACGAGAACGAGGACCAGCAGCUCGACGAGGAGGCCCUGGUGGCCCAGGCCGAAGAGAUCCUGGACCGCAACCUGGCCAUAUUUGGCUUGACGGGCGGCGACGAGGACCUGGCCGCCGCCAAGGCUAACCACGAACCCCCCGCGCCCACCCACGGCGUCGUCGUCGACGGUUUCACCCUCCGCUGGGUCCUCAGCGACCGCCUGAAGCAGAAGUUCCUGCUGCUCUGCAAGCAGUGCCGGUCUGUGCUCUGCUGCCGUGUCAGCCCCGCGCAGAAGGCUGCCGUCGUGUCCAUGGUCAAGAACGGCCUGGAUGUCAUGACGCUGUCCAUCGGCGACGGUGCCAACGACGUGGCCAUGAUCCAGGAGGCCGAUGUCGGUGUGGGUAUCGCCGGUGUCGAGGGCCGACAGGCUGCCAUGUCGUCCGACUACGCCAUUGCGCAGUUCCGCUUCCUGCAGAGGCUGGUGCUGGUCCACGGCCGCUGGUCGUACCGCCGUCUCGCCGAGAGUAUAAGCAACUUCUUCUACAAGAACAUGGUCUGGACCUUUGCCAUCUUCUGGUGGAUGAUUUACUGCGACUUCGACAUCACCUACCUCUUUGACUACAGCUACAUCCUCCUCUUCAACCUCAUCUUCACCUCUCUCCCCGUCGGUCUCAUCGGCGUCUUCGACCAGGACGUCUCGGACAAGGUGUCGCUGGCGGUGCCGCAACUCUACCGCCGCGGCAUUGAGCGUCUCGAGUGGACCCAGACGAAGUUUUGGAUGUACAUGCUUGAUGGAAUGUACCAGUCUGUCAUCGUCUUCUUCAUUCCCUACCUCCUCUUCAUGUCGGCGAGGCCCGUGUCAUCCAACGGUCUCGAUCUUGGCGAGCGCAUGCGUCUCGGCGCCUACGUCGCGCACCCGGCCGUGUUCGCGAUCAACGGUUACAUCAUGAUCAACGCCUACCAGUGGGACUGGAUCCUGCUGCUCGUCAUCGCUAUCAGCGACUUCUUCAUCUUCAUCUUCACGGGCAUCUACACGACCAUGCCCGACUCGUCCGUCUUCUUCUACGGCGCGGCGGCUGAGGUGUACAGCGAGGUCACGUUCUGGGCCGUCUUCGUGAUCGUGCCGGUCAUGUGCCUGUUCCCGCGCUUCGCCAUCAAAUCGCUCCAGAAGGUCUACUGGCCGUACGACGUGGACAUCAUCCGCGAGCAGGAGCGCAUGGGCAUGUUUGCCUACCUCAAGGACGACGGCGGCAAGGGCAAGUCGAGCGGACCCUCGGCGGUGCUGGUGUCGACGUCGACGAUCGAGGCGGACGAGACUGGCAGUCCGUUUGCGGGUGGCGACACCAAGAGCACCCACUCGUCCGGCUCCUCGGACACUACCAGCAAGGGGAAGCGCAACACGUACACGAGCGUGGACGAGGACAUGCGUCCCAUAUACCCGCCGUCCAUGGCGACGCACAACACGGCCAACAUCCACCAGCACAGCCAACACUCGAGCAGCGCGACUAACCCCUUCCGGAUGUCGGCCGACGGGGCCAACUCCCACCCCACCUUCCGCAUGUCGAUAGACGGCACGGCGGGAGACGGCGGUGGCGCUGCGGCGGGUCGGCAGUCGAUCGACCGUGCCAGGCCGUCGUACGACCGGAUCCGUGCGUCGAUGGAUCGUGUGAGACCCAGCUUCGAGGCCAGCGAUGACUUUACCUCGGCAAAUCGUCUAUCGCGAGUGGAAUCGAGCCAGAAUACCAGCAGCGAGGGCCGGUUCCAACCUCGACUUCGUGGACUGUCGCUAUCCAAGACGACGGAGAACUGA